CUCUGAGAGUCAGUUGACAUGUAGUUGAGGAGUUACAUACAGUUAGUAGAAUGUCUAAAGUGGACCAUUAAAAUAAAGUGAAACACUUUAAUAAUUGAUCACUGAAAGGUUCUUUAGGGAACCAAACUUGCUCUAUGGCAUUAUCACUGCAAAGAAAAAAAAAACUUUUGGACCUUCGUGGCUCAAUCCUUGUAGAUUCAAAGCUUUCAGUCACCGGCUACACCUCCAUUUGAACUCCAUCAAUCUGUGUCCUAAUGUUGUGCGUCAUUUCUUGUGGUCUGUCAGUAUCCGGUCCUUUAUCAUUCUCAGCUCACCUGUUGCAGGAAACACAUGAAGUGGAAUCUAGUGUUUCUGAAGCAGCCUAAAGGGGCGUUUUAAUGCCAUAUAAGGCCUGAUUGUUACCAAUCUCCUGUUUAACUAUUCAUUGAGGACACAGGUGCCAAGUGUUGGUGUGUAUGUCUCUCAGGCCAAAGGAAGACAUGCUAAUACCGGAGAUAAGAGAACACGUAUCCCUGACCGACGACUGCAGGGUGAGCCACCGACAGGAUCAGCCAUCACCAUCCUUCAAGAAGAACAACAUGAAUGACUAGGGUUGCUUUUGACAAGAACACGAGGGAACUUAUGUAAAGCACUCACUCUUGGACAGUAUUUCAAAGGCAUGACCUAAUCAAGCUCAUCUAUUGGGAGUUUACCACUAUAUUCUUUGGUUUUGACUCACUAUAAAGUGGAUUCCUCAAUAAUCAUGGACAUUCCUCUUCCGACGUCUCGACUGGACGUUGAUGUGGAUUUGGGCUUUGCUCUCUUCUUCUUGGUCCUGCUCUGUUUGUUUCUGCUGGUUACAGUGGUGCGCUGUGCUCAGAUGGUUCUGGAUCCUUACAGCUCCAUCUCUGCUUCCACCUAUCAGGAAGAGCAAGUGGAGACAUGAAUUGGUGGAUGCAUUAAGCUCGUGAUGGAGGACAGUUUGAUUGUAGCAAAAUUUAGUGAUAUUUGGAAGAAAACUGACACAGAUCUAAACUUUCUCUAACCCUCUGACUCUUGGAUUUCUCUUGGAGCUCAGCUGGGAAAAGGGAUCUGAGUGGCAUUCUGCCAAUCAUGAAGCACAACUAAAUAAACAAAACUGAUGCGGUUGGCUGACAGUGUUCUUAAC